UACGACCUUAUGCAUGCGAGCGGCACUUCGGCACGGAGACGGGAAGAUGUGAGAUAUAAAAGCGGUCGGAACUAUCAUUUCGGCCUGAGCAUCAUGGGCCUGACGAUCGUUACAUUGGCCCUCAUCCUGGGCACGGUACUUGCAACUGUGUACUUCCGGCUAUCCUCAAACAAGGACUCUUUACCAUCUGGCCCUCCAGGGCAUUGGCUGCUGGGCAAUGCACCCUCUGGCCCUCAUGCAUCCCGUCGUGUCGCUGAGCUCGUUGAGGCAUAUGGGCCCGUCAUCACGCUGCGAUAUGGAAUUCGCCUUGUAUGUGUCGUCGGACGCUAUGAGGCCGCUGUAGACAUUCUUCAGAAGCAUUCGCUAGAGACGUCAGAUCGACCACGGGCCAUUGUGGCUAAUGAGAUUCUCUCAAAGGGCCUGCGCGUCCUGAUGGUGCGGGCGGGCGAUCGUCUGAAGAGAAUAAGAAGAGCACUUCAUGCAUAUCUCCAGCCCUCUGUAGCAGUGACGUAUACGCCCAUUCAGUACAGGUACGCGAAGAAAUACAUCGUGGACUGCUAUCGCAAGCCGGACGAGCAUCUUGAACAUGCAAAGAGUUAUGCGGCGAGCCUCGUUUUGACCAUAGCCUAUGGCAAGACAAGUCCGAGCUCAUACUCGGAUCCGGAUGUGCGCGCGAUUAACAAAUACCUGCAGCGUCUGACUGUUGCACUGAGGCCUGGAGCUUAUCUCGUGGAAUCCUUCCCAUUCUUGAAGUAUAUACCCGGAUAUCUCUCUCAUUUCCACCGCUGGCAAAGGGAAGAGAAUGCAUUGUUUGCCAGCCAGCUUGAAGCUGUCAGAAGGAAGAUGGAAGCAGGAGAAGCAGAGUCAUGUUUUGCUGCAUAUCUAAUAGAGAAUCAGGAGAGAUUGGGCCUGUCCUAUGACGAGAUGGUUUACGUGGCAGGUGCGGUUUUCGGCGCAGGAUCUGACACUACGGCCGCGGCGCUGGGCGUGGUGACAAUGGCUGCAGCCUGCUACCCCGAAGCACAGAAGGCAGUGCAAGCUCAGUUGGAUCAGGUCGUUGGUCGUGGUAGAUUGCCUUCUUUCGAGGAUCAGGAUAUGCUACCUGAAGUGACUGCCUUCGUGUUAGAAUCGUUCCGAUGGCGGCCUGUCAGUGUCGGAGGAUUCUCUCAUCGGACGAUGAAGGAUGUUAUCUGGAGAAACUAUGUGAUCCCAGCAGGUACAGAAAUCGUCGGGAACCACUGGGCUAUAUCGCGAGACCCGGAGGUAUAUCCGGACCCUGAGACCUUCAACCCGAGGCGUUGGCUAGAUGGGCAGGGCAGGCUCAGAGACGACCUCAAAUUUUUCAACUUCGGCUUCGGUCGUAGGGUAUGCAUUGGACAGCAUGUCGCGAACAACUCUCUUUUUAUCAACACGGCCCUUAUAUUAUGGGCAUUCAGCAUUACGCAGAAUCCCUCCAAGCCGAUCGAUACGUUCGCAUUCACAGAUUCAGCCAACAGUCAUCCCCUGCCGUUCUCAGUAUCUUUGCAGCCGCGAGUUAAGAACCUUGAGGAGUUGCUUGGCAUUACUGUGCAUGUAGCAUCGGUAGAUUACUCUUGAGAGUGCCGAAUGAAGGAGGAUUCGAGGCUCAUGU